UAUUCAUUUGGCUAGUUUUUGUUAGAUUAAACACAUUAUCAGCCGAUUGUUGUUAUAGUAUCAAUUAUAUUCCAAUAAUGCAUGGAUACACUAUUGCUUAUAUCUAAGUGCAACUUGCCUUAGAAAUUCCGAAAUAUAUGACAAUUCACUCCUGUUGUGCUGUAUUCUCUCUAAUUAUAAUAAUUCGAUAGCUUUGUGUAGUAGUUGGUUAGCUUUAGCAUACUUUGUGUGAUGUUAUUUAACUGCGUUUGGUAUUACCUUCGAAUCUCUGCACCUUUUGAGGAACGCGAGUGAAUAUAUCAAUUUCAUCCGCUUGAUGCGGAGCUUCUCCAAUUUCUGGUUUUAAGAAAAGUAUCCUCCCCAUAGAAGUUAGUCAGUUUAACACGUAGGCUUUCGCGACCAAUAUUAUUCAUAACACUGGUCAACACACUUUUUCUGGCAUAAGGUAUUCCAACGGUUUUAAUGUAAUUUUGGGGUGCUAAUCCAAAUCUGGCAUCAGUUUUUGUCUAUCACAUCAGGUUUUUGAGAUAUCAAAUAUAGCAUUUUCAAUAAAAACAGCAAAUUUAUGCUCAUAUACGAAUAGCUAAACAGACAUCCAUACAAGAUAAUAUACAAUAACUAGAUUGACUACCCGGCUUCGCCCGGGUCUUGGAUCCACGACGCCAGGCCGCCUUUGUCUCCCCAGUGAGGAUGGUCACACACGACACCAGUUAUGCGUUUGAGGCUGAGUCUACCUAGGGGAGGCCCAGGUCGGGUUGAAAUAAUCGUCACCGGUGGUGGCCGUGAGUGGGAAUCGGCGUACGUGUUACAAAUUGACUAACUUUACUUCAUAGCCAGGCUACAGUGUACAUUCUAGACUGCCAGUACACGCAGCCAGCUGAAUAAGCAGGCUGCAGUCUACAUAAUAGACGGGCAGUACGCUAAACCAGCUUAAUGACUAUUUGUACAAAUAACAUUUAAAGAAUCGAUUAUAAUAACCAGGCUACGGUCUACAUUAUAGACUGCCAGUACACCCACUCAGCUUCAUAAGCAGGCUAGAGUGUACAUGAUAGAGUGGCAGUACGCUCACCGAGCUUAAUAAGCAGGCUACAGUCUACAUUAUAGACUGCCAAUACACUCAGGCAAUUUAAUAAACAGGCUACAGUCGACAUUAUAGAAUGUCAGUACGCUCACCCAGCUUAAUGACUAUUUGUACAGUGACCAUUUAAAGAAUAGAAUGUUGGCGCGUUGGGUUUAAAAGUAAUAUUAAUUGCACACAAUGUGGUGGGGGGGGGGGAGUGAAGAGUAUGUGAAAGUUUGAUGAAUUUACCUCAGAGUAGCGUGGUGGGUGUGGAGGCCUAGUAGCGUGCAGAGCCUCCGGCCUCGCCCAAAUUGGCCACCCGGCAGAGGCAGGGUACGGGUGGCGUUCCCCCCCCCCCCCGCGCUACAAUAAUACUGUGUAAUCGCUAUUAUUUAAUUAUCUACGGAGCGUAUAAUAGUAAUUGAAGACAUUGGGGUGGGAGGGGAGUGAAGAGGACGUGAAACUGUGAUGAAUUUACCUCAGAGUCGCGUGUUAAUGCGUGCGCCUAUUUUUAACGGGAAUUAAAAAUGGCGAAUGCGUCGCUACCCGUUGCCAGGGGCAACGGCCGGACCAAUCGUGUGUCGCAAUGCAGGGGCAACCGCCGGACCAAUCGUGUGUCGCAAAUCCCUGACAUUUCGUCCAAUGAAAGCCCCACCGCGGUGGUGAUGGGCCGAUGGAUCUGGAGGAAGCUUUCGUGGUCGUUGGCGCCUGCGGUCCCUACCAGCGCCGUCGCUGUGGCCUGCUGCUGCUCGUGCAGGUGUACUUGGCGUUCCAGGCUGUGCUGAUUAUCCUCAUUGGACAAAUCCCGUCCGCUGGCCCCACGCGCCCACGCGCCGUCUCCCCGGAGGCCUCCCGCAGGACCUCGCCUCCCUUACCAGCCGCCAACGGCUCUUCUGUAGUCACAGAGUGGGCUCUGGGAGAUGACGCUGCCAUCCUGGUGGGGCUGGCGUCCUCGCUCUACUUCUGCGGGGUGCUGCUCGGCUCCCUCGUCUUUGGCCAGUGCUCCGACCUGUACGGCAGGAGGCGCGUCUACCUCAUCGGGCUGCUGGUGGAUGUCUUGGGCGGCCUCGCGUCGGCGCUGUCGCCCACGUGGCGCUGGUUCUGCGCGUCGCGACUCGUCGUCGGCGUCGCCAACGGCGGCACCGCCCUCGUCUCCUUCGUCCUCCUCCAGGAGUACGUGGGCUCCGCCUACUGGGGUAGCACCGGGUCCCUGUACAGCGCGUUCUUUGCGCUGGGCCUGGUGGUGUUUGCGGCGCUGGGGGUGGCGGUGAGGCCCUGGCGCUGGCUCACGCUGACGGCCAACGUCCCCGGGGUGCUGCUGCUCCUCGCCUCGCUGUGGCUGCUGCCCGAGUCCCCGCGGUGGCUGCAUUCCCGUGGUCGUAUCGUGGAGGCGGAGAAGACGCUGUCCCUCAUCGCCAGGGGCAACGUCGGAGCCACGGCGACCGGCUCCCUCCCCCCGCCCCAAGUGCAGCUGCGCCCGCUGCGAGGCUCGGGGGAGGUGGGGGCGGCGAGGGGGGGGGGCGCGGCGGGGGGAUCGCUGAUGGAUGUGGGGACUCACCCGGUUCUGCGCACGCGCACGCUCGUCAUGAUGUACACGUGGUUUGUGUGCAGCCUCGUGUAUUACGGCCUCACGCUGGGCGUGGGAGACCUCAGCCGUGACGUCCACAUGGGGCUGGCGCUCUCCGGGCUGGCGGAGCUGCCCUCGUACCCCCUGUCCCUGUUUCUCAUCAACGCUUCCUGGUGCGGACGCAGACGCGGUCUCUCGGGCUUCCUGAGUUGCGGGGGUAUCGCGUGCAUCGUCGUUGCGGCGCUGGUGACGCAGGCUGGUGAGCGCGAGGUGGCGCGCCAGUACCUGGCCCUAGCAGGGAAGCUGUGCAUCAGCGCUGCCUUCAGCAUCGUCUACAUCUACACCUCCGAACUCUACCCCACCUCCAUCAGGAAUGUCGCCCUGGGCUUGAGCUCCACGUCCUCCCGUCUGGGCGGGAUCCUCGCUCCAUUCAUCCCCAGUCUGAGCUGGGUGAUGCCCUCUCUGCCCUUCAUGGUGCUGGGUCUGGCCGGGGUCUCCGCUGGCUGCCUCUGCCUCCUGCUGCCCGAGACGCUGAGGCAGCCGCUCAUGGAGACGCUGCACGACCUGCCGGGCCCCACGGCCACACGCAAGAGCUACGCGCUGCUCGAAGCCGGGCACCCCAACCGCUCCUUCCACGGCGACAGCGAGGACGAAGAGGAUGACGAGGGGGUCCGGGAGACGAGCGGCAAGCCCAUCUAGCGCGGCACGGCGGGGCCCCUGAGCCCCGAUGCCUGAACUCUUGAACGACGCUUGAACUCUCGAACCCUUAGGUGCCGUCCACACGCCACGAGCAAACGGUGGGCGACACGGUGGCUAGGAGAUGUUAAUUACCUCGCCUCGUAUACAGGAGGAUAGUGGGUUGGAUCCCGACCCUGACGCAUGCUGCCUAUUCAAAAUUCGCGUGUCUCUCUCUCUCUCUCCCCGUGGUCGCGUGGAAUUUUCUCCGGGCCCUGCGGUUUUUCCCUCCACAUUUAGAAUGGACGUCAGUAUUUGGCUGCUAUGAAUUUCCACGCGACGGUGAGCCACUUAGUCGAGCUCUGAUUUGUGGCGAGGUCGCUUCUGAAACAGUGCUAACGUCGCUCAGUCGGCCUUAAACUUGUCAAAUAAAACAAAGUUUGUAGUUUUGUAGUUGACUGGUGUGUCGUAGUUUUCACGAUGCCCAUGGAUUUGCGUAAAUCCUCGAGAUUCGUAGAGCCCAGGGGACAAGGCAUCUUUGGAUUUUCUUGGCCUGUUACUCUCAAGUCGACAUUCGGGCUCCGGCUCCGGCUUGAGCCACUGCCGCUCCCCUCAGUAGCUUCCAAAGCCACGGCUCGCGAUGCGUCUCAGCCGAGGCGCAAGCUGUUGAUGAUACUCAGGACUCGUCUUUGUUCGAUGCUUAGCCAAAGGCCGCUGCAGCAGCGGGGAUGAACCGGGAGUUUUGCGAUGGGAGCGACGCAAUCGUACUUGCAUGUUGAACUUCUUUCGCGCCGUACGUAGCCUACCUAUGCAAAGUGACUGAGGCCUUGGGUGCCACGGUGGCCAGGAGAUGUUUACUACCUCGCUCGGUAUACAGGUCGUGGGUUCGAUCCCGACUGGCGCCUGAUGUAUAUUUGGAGUUUGCGGUGUCUUGCUCUCUCCCCGUGGUUGCGUGGUUUUUCCCCCCCUCCACUUAACUAAGCUAUCGUUUUUA